UACAAAUAAUGUUGGGUAAUGCUAAUAGUCUCUGCUCUGCAACAUGCCAUUGGAUAGAAUUGUAUAUUUCUCACUUGUUAUACAUCAGUCCAUUCACAGUGGGGUUAGAAAGCAUGUACAGUCUGGCACAGAAAAACAUUCAAUUGAAACCAAUGGCCUCUGCACAUAAGUUGAUGGGGCUUAUAAUUGAAAUUCUUGGGGAAAAUACUGAGGUUGUUUUAGCAGAAUGCUUGAAAGGAUUUGGUCCUUGGAUGGUUGCCCAUGCCAUAGAGUUGUUGACUGCUGGGACUGACCAUGCAAAAAUGUGUUGUUAACUUUUUUAACGUAAGAUAUAAUGGAUUUUCAUAUAAACUGAUGAUUUAUUUGGAUAUGAAACUAGAGAUCGGGUUUGCAUUGCCAUGGAUGGGGCCUUUUCAAGUGGCAUGCCAAUUGGAGUAAGACCUCAUGAAGCAAAAUAUAUGUGCAAGAAAUGACAGGACGAUACUAGCUCUGCAUCAUUGUUUUCCCAUAUAAACUGGAUUUAUCUCUUUGAAUUUAAGCGCCUCAU